AAGGAGCUUUUAAAGUUCCAAUUCAUAAGGAAGGCAAAGAAGAACUCGUACUUGAUCGACCUGAUCGACAGGUACAAGAAGUGGAAGUCACAACGAAGCGAGGAGUCCGAGACAGAGAGCGAAAAUUCAGACUCGGAGGAAUCAAAGCAAGAUAGCGACAUGGACGAGCCAUGGAUAAUGACGGUGAAGGGUCCACACGGAGUUAAAGGAUCCGUAGUACCUAUGUUGCCACUGGACGAGCAACCUACCUCGUUGACCGUGACUCACACAUUGAAUCAUAGGUCCUCGAACCAUAAUCAACAAACGAAACCGCAUGCGAAUGGAGCCUCGCGAUCGCCACCUAAGGAAUCAACGUUGAAUCAUUACAGAAGUGAUUCCAGAGAUUCCCUACGUGACGGACAAAGCAAACACACAACACCGUUGAGACCUCACGAAGCUGCACCACCACCACCGAUCGACACGCGAGAGAAAAGAGACGAGCGAGAUUUUCGCGAUUCCAGCAGAGAAUCAACUCUGAGGGAGCCAAAGGAAUUACGUGAUAGCAGGGAUAGGGAUGGUAGAGACAGGGAACGGGAUAGGGAAGGUAGAGAAAGGGGGGAUGCUGUUACGAGAGAUAAAAGAAAUAGUAAACCGGACGUACCAGUGGUACCAAUGGUCGACCAUAGAUCUACCGAGGACAAGCAACAGCGGCCAAGGAGUUCACAAGAACUUAAACACCCACGAAGCGCUGCCCUAUCGGCCGUCGUCUUGCCCCUUCUAUCAGAGCUCCAACGAAAGCACCAGUAUUCCGCGCGAGACAAUAACGGCGAAGGUGGAAGUGGCGUUGGAAAAAAUGGUGGCGCGAUAGAAGAACUACGUGGUGCCUUUGAAAUGGCUGAACGUACGUCUCCAGGAAUGACCGAAGCUCUUAUCAGGGAACUUCUUAAAUCAUUGCUUCCGGCCAAUCACUCGGAGGGUCGUCUAUCCAUGCUAAUGGAGAAAGUUAUAUUGAGGGAUACGUAGGGACGCGAGAGGUCAAAGGUUCGCAAGAGAUUGUGGUCCGAAAAUGUCCUGACAUUAUAAUCGUUCGUUACUUCUCUAUUAUCAAGCUUAUUUAUCACUCCGAGCCAGCUCAUCGUUAAAACGCCAUUUCCGAACUUGAAGAAAAGCUAUAGCAGAAACGAGGAUCGUCGUGAUUAAUAUACGAGUAUGCGUUUACAUCUUUUUAAAUAACUUUAAUGGCCGAAUUACAACGAAAUCUAUCGAACCUUUAUCUAAACGAAUUAAUCUAAAGAAGAAAAAAAAUCCAAACAAAAAAAAAAAAAAGAAAAAAACAAAAAAGAAAAAGAAAAGAAGAUAAAAAAGUGGGAAAGAAAAAAGGAAAAAAAAGAAAGGAAGAGAAAAGAAUUACCACGAGAUUUUUCAUCUAUUUUCAACGUUAACACUUUUCAACAUUUCUAAUCUAAUGGGUCCCUUUUAUAUGUAAAUAUAUAUAUAUAUAUAUAUAUAUAUAUAUAUAUAUAUAUAUAUGUAUAUAUAUAUAUAAAAGGAAAUACCAUGUUGCCUAGAAUUCUUCGAAAUAGUUCCUAUUCGUGUAAUUACGAAUUCUCGUUUGCUGAGAGAAAAGGGGGGGGAAAAAAAAAGAAAGAAAGAAAGAGAACGAGAAAAACAUUUCGUUUAGGAAUUUUUUUUUUAAAUGCAUAAUGUAUGUGAACCUUUUAGAUAAAUUAUUUUUUAUGUUAGAUAAAAUGUUUACGAGUGUGGUUGCUAUUCUCAUGAAAAACUGCUAACAACCGAGUCCCUCGUGUCCAAUAAAAUAAUAAAAUCUGCCGUUUUACUUUCCUAAGUGUAUUACAUAUUGCAUAUUUUAAAACGCAAAACGUUUAUUACGACGAUCGAUGAAAUCCCGAGAUCCCUGUGCGAAAUAAGACGUUUAAGUAGAGAUAUAUAAAAUACGUAUCUUAAAUAAUAUAUAUCUUUUUACGACUUUCUUCAUGUUCGGCUCAAAUAAAAAUUUACAUACGACGAUAGCACAGCGUGAAUAAUAUUAAAGAACUAUAAUGCAGGCUCGGUCAAUGUCCAAUGGAUAGAAAUCGAUGAGAAAUUCGUUGAUCGCGGAUCUUGCCUCUGUAAUAAUAACGCAUUCGAAACGUGCACAAGCAAGGUUUAAGAUAUUACAAAAGGGCGGGAUGGGGUGGGGGGUAAUAAAAAGAA